AAUAGUAUUAUUAAGAAAGGAAUGACUUCAGCUGUACUGAUUUAAUUGCUAUAUUAUUUUUUAUAAGCAUCGUUAUUGAUAUUUUUGGCGUAAAAGCUGCAGUAAGUUUAAAAGUUAUCGAUGUAUCUCUAUUCGAAGCGUCAAAGGUCAAGUAGAUGGAUUGCUUACUCGUAAUCUGACAGAUAACCGGGGAAAUUUUGUUUAGACAAAACUAAAGUAAAUAUAAAGUAUACAUUAUCAGUUCGUUAAAUUUUGUUUCGUGUGUUCGUUGACCAGUCAGAGUUUCGUGAUUGUUCAAGAGAAACGUGAUGUGACAGAGUCCUCUGGUCUUAAAGUUAGUGCUGUGAUCAACAAUUGCUAUGAUUUCGAGUUUUUAUGAAAAAAUUAUUGGAAUGCCUUCUACAACAGAGCCGAACCAAAAGAAAGUUCUUUGUGUCGGAUUAACGUGUUUAGAUAUCGUACAAGCUUGUAAAGAAUAUCCCGCGGAAGAUUCUGAUCAAAGGACUGUGGAAUACAGAUGGCAAAGAGGAGGCAAUGCAUCCAACACUUGUACAGUUCUUUCUCUCUUGGGAACUUCAUGCGAGUUUUUUGGUACCAUGAGCACAGAUGAACAUUUAAACUUUCUCCAGAAUGACAUGAACAAGUAUAAUAUUGAUUAUUCUCAUUGCCCUAUGAAACAAGUAGGAUGUCCAAUCUCUACUGUUAUUUUGAGUCUAAGUACUGGUUCUCGUACAAUUUUACAUCAUAAUCCCAAGAUGCCUGAAUUGACAUUGAAGGAUUUUGAACAACUGCAUUUACAAGACUACAGCUGGAUUCAUUUUGAAGGCAAAAAUAUCAAUGAAGUAUUGUCAAUGAUGCAGUGUAUAGAAAAUUAUAACAAUGCAUUAAGCAAUAGUCAAGAUUCCACAGAUAAAGAAAUGCAUAAGAGGCAAAUGCCAAUCACAGUAAGCGUAGAAUUAGAACGUCCAGAUCACGAAUUAUUAGAUUUAUUACCAUAUGUUGAUGUUGCGUUUAUAUCUAAAGAUUUUGCUCAAAGUAGAGGAUAUGAUAAUAUGAGUGAAACAUUAAAGAAUAUUAGCGAUGAUGCUAAAUCUGGAGCAACUUUGAUCUGUGCUUGGGGAGAUCGAGGUGCUAUGGGAAAAACUCCCGACAAUGUCACAGUACAAUCUCCUGCCUUUCCACCACAUAAGGUUGUGGAUACUUUAGGUGCUGGUGAUACUUUUAAUGCAGCAGUGUUACAUUUUUUGAAUGAAACAAAGAGAAAAAUGUCAGACGUAACUGAAUUAAAACAUGGGGGAUAUAAACAAAAUAUAAAAAAGAAUUAUAAUAUAGAAAGCAUAGAAUGCAGUCGAACUGAAUUUAUUACACACACUACUUUACAAGGUGCCAUAACCUUUGGUUGUCAAGUAGCUGGUGUUAAAGUUGGUAUAAAAGGUUACAAUAAUUUAGACGAAAUCGUUAAAAAUGAAAUAUCAAUACAUUUAAACCAAUGAAACUAUUUUAUACCUCUCUGGUUAUGGAAAAUCAUAUUUGUAAAAUAUUUUAUAUAAGAUUUGAACAUUGUAUAAAUUUAUUAAUUCUACAUUUUAAGAAUUUGUUAUAUGUUUCAAUGCGAUUAAGAUAAAAUAAAGUUUGUUAAUGUUAUAUUACAUACAUAUACAUAUAUAUAUAUGUAUUAUUUAUAUAAUCAGACACAUAUAUGUUAACAUCCAUUUAGUAUAAAUAUUAUCAGAGAAAAAAAACACGGUGAUAAAUCUAAAUUUCUCGUUUGCACAUGAAGAAGUACUUUUCAGUUUACGUUUAUUAUGUAUAACUCCGUACAACCCACCAAUAACAAAUUGAGAGAGGAAUAGACUAUGUUCAAAGACGAUGGUGUUGUAUCCCAAAAAAUUCCAUUACCUAUGUAUACAAUAGAAAAGUUAUCUACAAGUUCACGGACGACAUAAUUACACGUGCAUACAAUGAUACCAAGACAUAAAACGGUACAGAUACAUAAAAAAUAUAGAACUAUUAAUGGUUCACGAGCAUUAAUAUGGACCAUGGGCGUGU